AAUCUUCAUUGCGACUCACUCUACUACAAUAUGCCCGACAAACGUAAUUUCCUAAAAUAGGAAGAAAUCGUCAUUUUUAUAAGCCUUGAGAUUGCGUUUCGUGAGUUGAUACCGAUCAAAAAGGAGGCUGAGAUAAAAGAACAUUUACGGAGUGACUCUUAUCAAACUGGCAACAUGGUGAUGCAGCAAGAUCCGAGUAUUGAGCCAGGUCAGCGGGUCCGCAGUCUGGCAGAGCAUGGGUCUAAUAUCGUGGUGGAUGGGAACCUUCCAAUCAGAAGGUACUUUAGAUCAGGCCAGGAGAUGAUUAAGAUGGCAAACAUUUACUACGAAGAGGGGAACUGGGAGAGUGCAUUCAUUUUGUAUUCCAAAUAUAUGACAAUCUUUGUAGAGAAGAUACGAAAGCAUCCUCAGUACAAGGCAGCCAGACCAGAAGAUCUAAAAUCUGCAAAGAAGAAUUUAAAGUCGGCCUUUCCGAAUGCAGAGGAAACAAAGAAGAAAUUAAGAGAGAAGUAUGCAGAGGAACACAAGAUAUGGCAAGUUCAGGAGGAUGAAAGGAGAGCAGAGGAGGCGCGACAAGAGGCAAUGGAAGCCCUGAGACUGGAGGAGGAACAUGCUAGGAGGGAGCAGGAGGAUACUGCAAGGUUUGAUGAACAGAGGAGGCAGCUGGAGGAGCUCGAGAGACAUUCAAUCGAUCAACAACAGAGGGAGCUAGAUGGUCAGAAGGCUAGCCUCAUGCAGGCCAAGGCAAAGCAGGAAGCUCUAGAUCAAGAGAGGAAGAAAGCAGAUGCAUUGAAUGAACAAGAAUGGCAAGCAGAAGGAAACAGGAGAUUAGCAGGGAGCAUAGCUACACCCAUUGCAGCUGGUGGUGCAGCAGGCUUGGUCGCAGGGAUGGGGGCAGGGGGGAAUCUACCCCCUCCUCCUAGUUACGACGCUGUCUCACAAGGAUAUGGUAUCCGAUCACCUCAAGUCUUGCCUUCCUCACCCACACAGCCUACAGCCCCAAGGCCAGCCCCCACAGUGGACCGGUCACUCAAGAUUGACCGUACCAAUAAACCAGCUCAGAUGUUAGGCAUUGCCUCCUCCACAUCCAACCUGCAUGGCUUGAGAGACCUGUUCAUUCCAGCUGAUACCAUGGAGAGGUUUCUAGUUCUGGCCAGUCAUAAUACCCAGAGAAACCUAGAAACAUGCGGUAUUCUAGCAGGGAAAUUGGCUCACGAUGCCUUCACAAUCACUCACAUCAUCGUUCCAAAGCAGACGUCGACCUCUGACUCCUGUACUGCCCUCAACGAGGAAGAAAUCUUUGACGCCGUGGACAACAAUGAUCUGAUCACUCUGGGUUGGAUUCAUACACAUCCCUCUCAGACGGCUUUCAUGUCCAGUAUAGAUCUUCAUACCCAUUGCCCGUAUCAGAUUAUGAUGCCUGAAGCCAUAGCUAUCGUCUGUGCACCCAAACAUCAGCAAAUUUGUUUCUUUUCCCUGACACCUGACUACGGUAUCACCUUUAUUGCCAACUGCAAGGAGAAGGGGUUCCAUCCGCACCCCUCACAACCCCCUAUCUAUGAGGAAGGGGGCCACUGCAAGGUCACGAGUCAAAUCCCACCAAUAAAGAUAGAAGAUCUACGGUGAAGGAAGGCUGGGAUUGAUUUGUAUAGAAGAACAAAUGAAAUGCUUCAAGAAAAAUCCAGGCUGCACUAACAAAUAUCAAUCAAUCAAUCAAAAGAUAUUUGAUAUAGCGCCUUUUCCUUGCGGUUACGAAGCGCUGCACACACUGCUCCACAAUGUUUGGGCCACUUAUAAACAUGUUAGAUCUAAAAGUCCAGUUGAACUAGAUGUUUCAGUAAGCUUGAUGACAGCAUAUGAUGGCUUAAUUUGUAUAUACCAGACUGAACAAGAUUUCUUGAGUUCGACCACAUACAAUUGAAAUGCAUAAUUUGCAGCAGUCUCACUUUCACAUAUAGCCUAGCCAUAAAUACUACGUCUUUAAGACCCAACUGCAGUGGACAGGGCUGAUUGGUAUCGUUUUGGAGAUGAACAAAAAAUUAAACUUCCUGCUUUCACUUACAGUAAGCCCCACAAAGACCCUUUAGUUGCCAGAGAUCAAUGGCUGCAUUUCCAAAUCGCAAAUACAUGUAUGGCCAGUGGGCCAUAUGGCUAAGCCCUACAUGAAAGUAGGACCAUACCAUUAUCAAGACAAUGAAAGAGAUAAGAUCCUUGUCAUUCCUAGUUUAAUCCUUCCUGGACAGGAUUUAUCUUUGGGGAUAAAUUGAUCACAUAUUGUUCUUCAAAUUUGCACAAUAAUACUUUCUCUCAUUAGGUAUAAUUUUUAAGGCUCUGAAUCAAAACUUAAUUGAGCUAAACCACAACAUGUUGAAUGAUUGUCUUGAAAGGGUUAUUUGAAAUGACCUUUUUUU